GCUGGGAAUAAAUCAGCGGAGACCGGGGGAAUCGUGAUCGAGGGAGCAGAAAUGUCCCGAAAGCUGCGGCCCAACGAAGUGUGCGCCGACUGCAGCGCCUCAGAUCCAGGUUGGGCAUCGAUUAACCGUGGAGUUCUAGUUUGCGAUGAAUGUUGCAGUGUUCAUCGAAGCCUUGGUCGGCACAUUUCGAUGGUGAAACAUCUCCGGCACAGCUCAUGGUCUCCAACUCUCUUACACAUGGUGCAGACCUUAGCAAGUAAUGGAGCCAACUCCAUCUGGGAACACUCAUUACUUGAUCCAGCCCAAGUGCAAAGUGGACGACGUAAACCAAACCCUCAGGAUAAAGUGCACCCCACCAAGGCAGAGUUCAUACGAGCCAAGUAUCAGAUGUUGGCAUUUGUCCACAAAUUGCCUUGUCGUGAUGAUGAUGGUGUUACCACAAAGGACCUGAGUAAGCAACUGCACUCCAGUGUGCGUACGGGGAAUCUGGAGACAUGUCUCCGGCUGCUGUCCCUCGGAGCACAGGCCAACUUCUUUCAUCCGGAAAAAGGUACCACACCCUUGCACGUGGCUGCUAAAGCAGGACAAAUACAUCAGGCUGAACUUUUAGUUGUCUAUGGUGCAGAUCCUGGAGCACCUGAUGUUAAUGGCAGAAGUCCUAUUGAUUAUGCCAGGCAAGCAAAUCACCAUGAUCUCGCUGACAGGCUGGUGGAGUGUCAAUAUGAACUUACAGAUAGAUUGGCAUAUUACCUUUGUGGACGGAGGCCAGAUCACAAAAAUGGGCAUUAUGUCAUUCCCCAGAUGGCUGACAGUAGUUUGGACUUGUCAGAACUGGCUAAGGCUGCCAAAAAGAAACUUCAAGCACUGAAUAAUCGCCUUUUUGAAGAACUUGCAAUGGAUGUUUACGACGAAGUUGACCGACGUGAGAAUGAUGCAGUGUGGCUGGCCACCCAGAAUCAUAGCACAUUAGUGACUGAACGUAGUGCUGUUCCUUUUCUUCCAGUGAAUCCAGAAUAUUCUGCAACCAGAAACCAGGGUCGACAAAAACUUGCUAGGUUUAAUGCCCGUGAGUUUGCAACCCUGAUUAUCGACAUUCUGAGUGAUGCAAAGAGGAGGCAACAUGGAAAGACAUUAGGUAGUCCAAUAGAAAAUAUUGACUAUCUUCUGCGAAACCAAAAUGAUCGCCCUGACAGCGACUUUGGUGAUGAUCAGCAUGAUUAUGAUAGUGUAGCUUCUGAUGAGGAUACAGACGCUGAUGUACCACGAAACGCAUCAUCGGGCAGAAACAACCGAGCAAAGAGUAUGGAUUCAUCCGAUUUAUCAGAUGGCCCCAUAACACUGCAGGAGUAUUUGGAGGUGAAGAAAGCUUUGGCCGCUUCUGAGGCGAAGGUUCAGCAGCUAAUGAAAGUAAACAACAAUCUAAGUGAGGAACUGCGUAGACUUCAAAUGCAGAUUAACAAACUGCAGACAGAAAAUGCACAAAUGAAACAACAAACACCUAGUCUGCAUCCGUCACCAACUACCAGUGACCGACAGGACCUUGCUCCCCAUGCAAGCACAAGUAGACGUGAUCGGCAAGCUGUAUCCAUGUACGAAACCAGAUCUGGACAGAAAUCUUUUGGACAGGCUGCUGAUGACAUUGCUACAAGACUUCAGUCUUUAGAUUGCAAUAUUCGCAGGGGUGUCUCCGUGACCUCUGUACCCUUUCCCUUCUCUCCGCUGCACUCCUGUUCACAGGACUGCGGCAGAUCCGUGGUUAAGUACCAUCUCAGUUGGGCUCAAGUAUCCAAACUGGACAAACGUGGUAGUGGAACAGACAGUGACUAUGACAAUACCCAGACAAGUGAGCUGCCACUAGGCUUCUACCAGUUCGUGACUGAUGAAGGCAAGUAUAAAUUUGAGGAUGAAUUUCUUCACAACUAUUGCAGCCUUCUGAAAUUUAAACUGAGAAUCGCUGAUGGGAAGAUGGGAAGGGAUGAUGACUUCCACCUAGAAUACGAUGAACAUGAGGGUGAAUUAGAUCCAAGCCUUCCCAGUACUGAGGGUGUAAUCCUUAAAACAGAGCAGGUCACGAAAAACAUCCAGGAGCUUCUUCGAGCUGCCCAGGAGUGUAAACAUGAAAGUUUUGUUCCAUGUUCUGAAAAGAUUCACUCCGCAGUCACUGAAAUGGCUUCUCUCUUUCCAAAGAAGCCUGCCCUGGACACAGUCCGAUGCUCUUUGAGAUUGCUAAAUGCGAGUGCCUUCCGAUUGCAAUGUGAGUGCAGGAAAACCAUUCCGCCAGAGCCUGGUGCACCGGUUGACAUCCAGUUGCUCACGCAGCAAGUCAUCCAGUGUGCCUAUGAUAUUGCUAAGGCAGCCAAGCAACUGGUUACCAUAACAACCCGUGAGAAAAAACAAUGAUAAAACACUUCAUUCACAUUCCGUUUUUGGAGUACAUUUGGGAGAUUAAAACAUGCAACUUUCUUCGAAAGCAAACUGAAAUCCCUGUAAAUAUUCCGAUUCAAGUAACAUGGAUCUUUUUUCUGCAAUAGAUUAUUUCGGCUUUCAGGAUAGAUGAAAGUUUAAACUUCCAAUUUUGUGGUAGAACUCGCCAAUAAUAGUUAAUCAGAAUUGUUACCACUGUAUAUUGGCGCGGCCAUAACAAAAAGUCGCAUUGUGGUGAUAGCCGAUAUUCUUCGAUUUCUGAUGUUUCAGCAAGAUGUGAAUAUUUACUUGAUCAUCGGGUUAUGUUACACUGGAAUUUUUGACUCUUCUACAAAUAAGUUGUUUUGCAAAAGUACCAAGUCUUACAUUAAUGGUGAACACUAUGAUGUGAAAUUUCAGUGCCACAAAGGCUUCAUGCGUUCAGUAAUUGUUAUAUGAAAAAGAACUGCAAGUAAAGCCACUUGAAAAUUGCUGAUAGUUCUUGUAUGUGACCACCUGAGUUUAAUACGGAUCGUCAGUGGGUUAUUCACUGAUUCAUUUUGCCAUCACCAGAGGCUGAAGAACAAUAGAUGUUCUGAAAACCAUUAGAAAAAAUACAAGUAGUGGGGUGCCUUUUUUGUAUAGAAUACUGUGAACCUGUGACUGUAACUGGCAACCAUCAGUACCAUUGCAUCUUUGUGCAUUGUGUGCCUUAUAACAGUUGAAUCUUGUUAAACAGUUGUAUCCCAUUAUAAUGUAAUCUUCACGCUUUGCUUUAGUAGUGCCCAUUUUUCACAUUGACCAGUCCGAGGACAAUGACUUUGUGUAGUGUGAAAUUUUUAUUGAUAGUUUACUAAAGUACAGUAAUUACUGUACAAUAAUUGAGAAUGCUAUUUGACUGUAGCUAAUGGUUGUGUUGGGCAUUCUCCAUUGUUUAAAAAUUUAAACAUGGUCCUCUAAUAUCCAGCGUAUGUCAAAACUUUCUUGGGCUGUAUUAAAGUGACUGAUGGGUGCAGCAACAGUCCUUCAGCACAUGGCUUCAUGUUACCUUUGGGCACAGAAUGUUGGGGGCAUUUUCAGUUUCCAGCAUUCUUUAUUGUUUCAGCCUUCUGAAGAUCAUCAUCCCUAAAGUGAGUAGAGAAGUUGGGCCAUUACACUGUACAAGACUUGAGCCUGAUUCUUUUGACACUUGUUCCAAUUAUUGGAGUAAGAUGAUCCAUUGUUUCAUUUUAUUUAUGGAAAUUAAAUGGCCAUCUAUUUGUUUCCUGGGAAAAAAUAUUUCACGAGGAAUAAACAGCACCUCCAGCAUUUGUCUUGCACUAGCUUGGCAUUUGAUACUGUACAGUGAAAGGGGAACUGGAUAGUAACUGCAAAAGUUUUAAUUGCUGAAUAAUUUGGGAAAUACAGGCUUGUGAAUUGUUGUUAAUUAAUAAUUUCAGCACCCUUAUGUUAACUUUAUUGCCAUUUACUUUGUAAGCUGUGGGGCUUGGUGUAGUGGGAAAAUUACCAAUAAGAAAAUUCUAAAAGCAAAGUAGUUAAAGUUACAAUGUUUAUUUUGUGAACUGAACAAAAAUCAUAUUUUGAAGACAAAAUGUCAAUGAAAAUUGAUCUCUUCCAGUAUAGGGAGGUGGAAGUCAGAUUGUGAUGCUACAUUGCAAUUUAUUUCAAAUGCUGGAAAAUUGAUUGAAAAGGAAUGGUACUUGGGGAAGGACUCUGUAGAUUGAAAGAAAUUUGGACAAAUGAGAUUCUCCUGUAGUAUGAGGUAUGCACAACUUGCACAGCUUUUGAAAAAAUGUUUCAAGCCUUAACUGAUGUUCUGGGCAUACGGUAUUGGGGUGCUGUUUGUAUAUAAAAUAUAAGCAAAUGUGCAUAGUUUAAUAAUGUUCAACUAAAAGACUGUUUAUCAUUCUAAUCUUGCAAGUCAAUGAUGUAACUGGAGUAAUCAAAACCACUACGUUCAUGGCACUGGGCCGAUUCAGUCAUUGAAUUCAGCUUAUCCCAAGUGUAAGAGACAAAGUCCUUUGUUAAAGGAACAUGGGCGCAUUGUAAAUCUUUUUACUUGUUCUUUAUUUGAUAAAAUGCUCAUCAAAGUACUGACAGAUGUGCUGACAUUUUAAAAUGUGUUGAUUUUCUUUCAUAGAUUCAUUGAAACACUAUGAUAUGCUACAAAAAUGUUGAUUCAGUGGAAAAAAUAUCAAAUUUUGAAAUAGGUUUUGCAAGACAAAUUACAGACAGGGACUGUAUACAGUACAGUCAGCGGGAAUUAAAUUUUUUUUUCUCUGUACCUUUUCAAAUGUCUAGUUAACUUGACGUAAUGCAAUAGUAUUUAGACAAUGACCCAAGGCAUUUAUAAAGGACUGUUUAGAAUGACCAGGAAUGGUAUUAAAUUACAUAAUAAACGGCAAGGUUCAAUUUAGUGUGACAGCUUUUUGUUUGUUUGUCUGAAAGACACUGCCAGAAAUUUUGCAAAUAGCAAAGGAAAAGAUCAAAUGCUAUAGCCUCGCAAAUACUUUUCAUUGCCCUUUUGAAAUUCUCUUAAUUUGUAAUGCUGCUAUGGACAGCUGACAUUUUGUACAGCAUUAUCUUCAAACCAAUUAGUUUCUUUGUAAUUCUGUAAGGAUGAAAUCGUGUUUACAACAAAAGUCAGGAAAUGCUGAAUUUUGACAUGAAAGUUUCAUAUAAACUUUUGGUUUUAUUCCAGAAUGUUAGGGUUUAAAAUUCAUUAACCUAUUCUGUUAAUUUGUUUUUGUAAAAAGGGUAAAAUAUUACUAUCAAGUUGUAAAAUAGGCAGUUAACACUAGUGGAAGAAACAAAUUUCACAUCUAAUUUGUAAGCACCACACACCCUCUGGUGCAUCUGUUGCUGAAUAAGUCCACCUUCUCCAGUCAGAUCUCGGCAUCAUAAAUUUUCAUUUUCACAGUCUCCAGAUUGGAUUAAAUAACAUAGAUUCACUUGUUUGUUGAACUGGGACGCUAUGCAACUAGUAAGUUGCCAGUAUUGCAAACACCACCACAGACUACACAGGCAAACUUUAAUCAUCCAGUCUAAGAUUGUAGUGAAGUACAGAUGAGUCAGACUUUGACUGAAGCUGCAAGUAUCAAAACAACCUCUCUUCAAAAAAAAAACAAAUCUUCUCUAAACUAACAAAAUCAAAACCUAUUUAAAAUAGGUUAAAUAUAGUUUCUUGUCAUUGAUGUCAUUCACUAAUUUCCUUUGACCUGUCUAGUAUUGAUGCACUAUGCUUGCAGGGAUAUGUGAAAUUGGUCUGUUGUUCAGAUGAAUAACUCUGCAACCUUUUAGAUAAGAUUAGAAUCAUAUGCAGCAAAACUCUUUAUCUCACUGAGGAAAGUAGUGAUUUAAUAUACUCACUGACAUCACUUUACAAGGAUUUACAGUAGCUACGAAUCUAGGCAAACUGCAAGAGCAUACAAAUUUCACUAAGCAAAGAUAUAUUUUGUAAAGGAAGCAAGCUCACAACAUAAUGUGAUUUGUAGGUUCAGAUAGUAACUAAUAACUCAUGCAUAUUGUACAAAAUUUCCAUUUCACACUAACUGAGCUGCUUCACUGUAUUUCUGCCUUGGAAUUCCCAUCCCUAAUCCCACAGCUAACACUUUUUAUUGGGGUAGGGUGGGGAAGUGGGGUUGCAGGGCAUGUGACGUGAGGGUACUGCCUGGAAGGGUUGGACAAAGAUUGAACAGUAGAUUCAAUAUUGUAUCUGAAUUCUGGGAAUGAAGAAUGUAUUAAUUAAGUUAUACGCACUCAAGUACAACUUGUGGUUAAGACAAUCUGUAAUCCUGGAAAAAGUAACACAUUUUCUCAAUGCUGUAAUAGCUGGAUUGCCAUAAAAGGUAUUCAAAUGAGACCAGUGAUUACUUCAGAACACAUCUAAAGGGAAUGUGUGCUGUAUUAAUAUUGAUCAUUCAUCUAUGUUUUACAUGUAAGCCUGUUUUAUAAUCAGUAUUUCAUCUUGACAAUGGUAUGAGAAAAGUAUAUACCAAUGGAUUGAGUUUCCAUAUAAUCUCUUGCAAGUUACUUUCACGUAACAUACAGGAACAUCAUGGAGGUGGUUAAUUCCUAUUUGUAAUAUUGCAGCACAUGUUUCUGAGGCACUGGGACUCUACCAAUAACAAUUUUAAAGUAUAAUUUUACAUUUACCAAAACAAGGUUGUGUAUAUUUUGAAAGAAAUCAAUACCUUAGUGAGUUCAGUUACAGUCUAAUCCUCUGGGUUCAGAUGUUUAUACACUGUAUUCCGCACAGUUUUAGAAUGCCUUCUCAAGUGACCCCUUUGGGGUCCAGCUUUGUAACCAUUCUCAUUUUAUAUAUUCUAUGACUAAUCCCCAGUGUGUGGUACAAAAUGUUUUUUUUUCUUAAAUCCAAAUGUCUGAUAUCUCAAACAAUUGGUAUUAAGCAUGCACUUUUGGACAGUUGAGUGCUAAAAGUUAUAUUUAACAAGGACAGUCACUGACCUGCUUAUUGUUUAUGUUGUGCAAUGAAUGCUAAUUGUAACUAAUUCCAUUUAGAAAUGCACUCUUAUUGUAGCUGGUAGUAGGAAUGUGGUGGUGGGCUUCCUUGUAAACUCAUCUAUUGUACAUUUGUAUUGAAAUAAAUAUAUUCUGUUGUGCACAA